AGCGCAUUUCCGAAUCCCGCUAAAAUACUUCACAAUUCAAGAGCGACGUUAAAAGUUUCUUUAAAAACCUAAGUGUAUUGGGAAUCUCUUUUGAAACCUUAGAACUAUGGCUGACCAACUGACAGAAGAACAGAUUGCUGAAUUCAAAGAAGCAUUCUCACUCUUUGACAAGGAUGGAGAUGGUACCAUCACCACCAAAGAACUUGGAACAGUGAUGAGAUCUCUAGGACAAAACCCAACUGAAGCAGAACUUCAGGAUAUGAUCAAUGAAGUAGAUGCAGAUGGUAAUGGAACAAUUGAUUUCCCUGAAUUCCUUACCAUGAUGGCAAGGAAAAUGAAGGACACAGACAGUGAAGAGGAGAUCAAAGAAGCAUUUAGAGUGUUUGACAAAGAUGGAAAUGGUUUUAUUAGUGCUGCUGAGUUGCGUCAUGUGAUGACAAACCUGGGAGAGAAACUUACAGAUGAGGAAGUUGAUGAGAUGAUCCGAGAAGCAGAUACUGAUGGAGAUGGCCAAGUGAACUAUGAAGAAUUUGUGAAGAUGAUGACAUCAAAGGCUGAUCAACUAACAGAAGAACAGAUUGCUGAAUUUAAAGAAGCAUUCUCGCUCUUUGACAAGGAUGGAGAUGGUACCAUCACCACCAAAGAACUUGGAACAGUGAUGAGAUCUCUAGGACAAAACCCAACUGAAGCAGAACUUCAGGAUAUGAUCAAUGAAGUAGAUGCAGAUGGUAAUGGAACAAUUGAUUUCCCUGAAUUUCUCACCAUGAUGGCAAGGAAAAUGAAGGAUACUGACAGUGAGGAAGAAAUCAGAGAAGCUUUCCGAGUGUUUGACAAAGAUGGAAAUGGUUUUAUCAGUGCUGCUGAGUUGCGACAUGUGAUGACAAACCUGGGAGAGAAACUUACAGAUGAGGAAGUUGAUGAGAUGAUCCGAGAGGCAGACAUCGAUGGAGAUGGACAAGUCAAUUAUGAAGAAUUUGUCAAGAUGAUGACAUCUAAGUAACUGUGGGACACAGUUUACAGAGCCCAGCUUGAAUCAAGUUUGCAACCUUGUCUGUACCAAUGAGAAUUGUAGAUAGCAUGUAACUUCAAGAGAGAAAUAUUUGUGGGAAACUCUUUGCUUGUGUCAUACUAUAUUUCCCCUAUUGAGAUUUCUGUUUAUAAUUUAUUAAGAUUUGUUUUGUUGAAGUAAUAAAGAUCAGUGGAAAAUGUUGA